AUGAAUACCCCCGACCUCCUUGCCGCCCGGUAUGCGUCCCUCGCAGAAGACGCUCUCGCCAAGCCGCUACUCUCCCCCUCGGACCUAGACUCAUCGUACGAGCUCUCGGACGACGGGAGCUACGGUCUCGAGGUGGUCAAAGAUGUCCUCUCAUCCAGCGUUUCAUCCGUGAGCGAGGAAGAGGCAUCGGACAGCUCCAUGUCGGAUGCGGAGAAGGAGUCUACAGAGUUUGUAGACCCGUUCCCCGACUUUCAGUGGCAGACUACGGAGGAGCCACAUCGGAGUCGGAGAAUGGCCAUCCUGAAGGCACAUCCGGAGGUCCGCAAGCUCAUGGGCCCAACACCCUGGACUUUCCCCCUCGUCCUCGCUGUCCUCUCCUCCCAACUCGCCCUCGCCUAUACCCUCCGCAACACCUCCCCUUCCCACUACUCCUUCAUACUCACCGCCUACAUCCUCGGUGGGACGCUCAACCAAAACACUUUCCUUGCCAUCCACGAAAUUACCCACAAUCUCGCGUUCCGCUCCAUCCGCGCCAACAAGAUGCUGGCCAUCUUGUCAAAUACGGCUAUUGGCGUGCCCUACGCAAUGGCGUUCAAAGGGUAUCACAUCGAGCACCACAAGUUCUUGGGCGAGGAAGGCAUUGACACGGACCUGCCGAGCAGGCUUGAAGCUGUCAUUUUGAACAAUGUUGCGGGAAAGACGUUCUUCGCCACCUUCCAGAUCCUGUUCUACGCCCUCCGACCUGGAUUCAUCCGGACUCAGAAACCCACCCUAUACCACCUUUACAACUUCGCAUGGAUCAUCGCCACCAACACGGCCAUCGUCUACUUCUGGGGCUGGUCCUCCCUUGUCUACCUCAUCAUGUCGUCUUUCUUCGCCGGCUCGCUUCACCCGUGCGCUGCCCACUUCAUCGCGGAGCAUUACCUUAUGAACGAGGAGGAGGCUGUUCCGGGAUCCGCUCAGGAUCUGGGCAAGGAAACGACGAGUUAUUAUGGCUGGAUGAACAUUCUGUGCUACAACGUCGGCUACCACAACGAGCACCACGACUUCCCCUCUGUCCCCUGGACAAAACUCCCCGCACUCCGCGAAGCCGCCAAAGAGUUCUACGAGCCUCUCCCGUCGCAUGAAUCCUGGCCAUACGUUACCUGGAAGUUCAUCACCGACCCCAAUGUGGGCAUGUGGAGUCGCGCCAAGCGGGAAAGCAAGGGCGGGAAAAUCGAGCAAGGGGUAUGGGCGAGUAUGGCCCGGGGGACAGAAGUGGAGCUGGAGAUGGAUAGCGAGAUGACGGAGGAAGAGGAGGAGAGGGCUUAUGCGAGCGAUAGGGACGACAAGAUCAAGAAUGAGUGA